AAAGCACAUUAGUUAAUCAUACUUAAAAUGUGCUCCACAGUGUUAACAAACAUAGAAAUAUCCAUCAUACUCCAUAAAACAAAGUGAAAACAAAUAUUUCAAAAAAAACUUGAUAAAAUGCUGUCUCAGUCCAAUUUUUUGAGGAUAUUAUUAUAUCUACUUUUCCAGUAUCAUAAUAAUAAUUAUUAUUACUAUCAAUCAGUUGAUGCUUCUGUAAACAGUGCUAUUAUUGUGACAUUUGUAAUCGAGGAGAAUGUAGCCAUCGGUUCUGAAGUUGGUAGAAUUCAAUUAGACCCUGAAAUGGAUAAACCAACAAAGGUGAAGAAUACUAAAGACGGAAAAUCUGAUGAAAUAACAUUCACGUUACAAGAUACAUAUUAUUUUGACUUUGAUACGACGUACACCGAUAGAAUAUUGGUGCGUAGAGAGUUGGAUCGUGAUACAGAUCGUAAACUUUGCAGUGAAAGUGGUUGGCCAGAGAUUUGUGCUUGGUCUGGUGUAAUAUUUGUCAGUGAUGGACGCUUGUUAAGUCUACGGAUUGUAAUUCGUGAUGUUAAUGAUAAUAUACCAAAGUGGCCGAGUAAAGAUAGUUCAGAACAACCUGUACUAGAAGUGUGGAUUACAGAGAAUCGUCCAUUCGGUUCAACUUUAGACUUACCGCUUGCUUUUGAUCCAGAUAUUGGUGAAAAUUCUAUAGUUAAAUAUGAGCUAGCUUCAUCCAAUAAUAAUGUAACAUCUACUUUCAAAAUAUCGAAUUCUGCUAGUCCAAAUGGACCUAUUUAUCAUUUAAUUGUUCAAGGAGAACUUGAUCGUGAAACCUUAUCUGUAUAUCAUUUAACAGUAGCAGCGGUAGAUGGUGGUGGUAAUCGUGGCUAUGCAAAACUACUGGUGAAUAUUGCUGAUGAAAAUGAUAACAGUCCAAUUUUUGAACAUUGCAAAAAUUUGUCUAAAUUGGAUUCAGAUGUUUUUACACAACCCUGUGAAAUAGUAAUCAGUGUUGAUGAAGACAUUCCAAUUGGCAGUUUAUUACCAGAACAUCCAGUGGCAAGUGAUGCAGAUGAAGGUGAAUUUGGACAUGUAACUUAUCGAUUCUCAUUAUCUGCAUCUGAUACAGCUAGAAGAGAUUUUAAAAUUGAUCAUGAAACUGGUGCAAUCAUUGUUCGAGGCCCACUUGACUAUGAUACAGGUGGUCAAACACAAUACACUUUUGGAAUUGUCGCUGAGGAUGGUGGAUUACCACCUUUAUCAGCGACUACAAGAAUUAUAGUGAAUAUAAGGGAUAAAAAUGAUAAUGCACCACAGAUAACCAUCACUCCAGCUUUUUUAUAUGAUGAAAAGUAUAAUACAACUGUUGAUACAACAAAAUCUCUUCUACGCCUUAUUGAGAAUACUCCACCUGGUGUAUUGAUUGCUACUAUCACUGCUCAUGAUCCUGAUUCAGAUGAAAAUGGGAAAUUCACAUGUGAACUUGGCCAAACAGAUGAAUUAAAUUUAAUUUAUUUAAGGAAUUUAGGGAAAAUUAGUGUUUAUCAAUUGAGUUCAUUGAGAAUUAUUGAUCGUGAAAUACAACCUGAAUUAAGAGUCACUUUAAAAUGUGAAGAUAAUGGUAUACCAAGUCAAAAAUCCAUUGAAAUAUUAACUAUACGCAUACUGGAUAUGAAUGAUAAUCCACCAAAGUAUACAAAUAAAAGAUUCAGCUUUCAAGUGCCUGAGAAUAAUGAUGUUGGUCUGGUUAUUGGAGAGGUGACUGCAUUGGAUCCUGAUCUUGGACCAAAUGGGGCAUUAAACUACAGUAUUCACUGGCCUCCAGGUCAAGGACCAAAUCCAUUUGAAAUAAAUACCAAAGGUGAACUAAUAACUCGUAUGCCUUUAGACAGAGAAAACCAACCUGAAGGUUAUCAUUUCAUUGUGAAUGCAUACGAUAAUGGUCAACCCUGUUUAUCUGGUUCUACGCAUGUAGAAGUUGCGCUGAUUGACAUAAAUGACUGUCGACCAAUAUUUACACAUAUGAAUUAUCAUUUUUCAAUUGAUGAGGAAUUGAAAGUGAAUUCAACUGAACCAUAUGUAAUUGGUCAAGUUAAAGCAACAGACUGUGAUAUAGGCUUAAACGCACAUUUAGUGUAUUCAAUGGAUCCCACUAGCCAAUCAGCUGACAAUCCAUUCCAGGUAACAGCGGAUGGUUACGUAACUACAACUCAAUCAAUUGAUCGUGAAACACAUCCGGCAUUCUUACUUCAAGUUAUAGCCACUGACUCUCCACAACAAGUGGCAAAAAAGCUAACAGCUACAGCUCAAGUUCAUAUUACCAUCUUGGAUAAUAAUGAUAAUGAACCAGUGUUUCAGAGGCCACCAUUUGACAAUGGAACUGAUCAAGUUGAAAUAUCUUACAAUGAUGUACCAGGACAUUUGGUGACACGAGUUGAAGCAAGCGACAAGGAUGUUGGAGUUAAUGGAAGAGUUAAGUAUUCAUUCACUGGGAAUCAUUCUGUGGAAGAUCUCUUCAAAAUACGACAAAAUAGUGGAGAAAUUUUUCUACAAAGAGAGCUAUCUGUUAAAGAUAUGGGAACUGUAUCUCUUGUCAUUCUAGCCACAGAUAUGGGAAUCAAGCCUAAAACUUCCACGGCUACAAUAUAUGUGAAAAUUUCAGAUAUCCCAUCGAAUGCUUUCAGAUUGAAUAGUUUACGAAAAUCAGAUUCAUUAAAUAAUCUAUCUACUUCAAUAUUCCCCAACUUUAGUGUUGAUGCAAAUAAAUUGAUUAUUAUUUGUAUAAUACUUGUUACAUUUAUCAUAUGCACUGUCCUCAUUUCAGUAAUCUUCACGAUAUCACAUGGAAGAUGUCAGUUGUUUACUAAAACUUCAAAAACAACGAAUCAUUACAAUGAUAAUCCUGUCGGUUAUAAUACAGACUUAGUGGAGAAAUCUCCAUCACAAAUGACUUAUGGUGUAUUAAAUACAAAUAAACCAAUAAACUAUCCAUUUGAUAGUGAAGACAUCAAUUCUUUUGAGCAUAAUACAUCGUAUUUACCAUCAUUUUAUGAUCAAACACUUUCAGUAACAAUGCCUUAUACAUCAUUUCCUGAUACAGGUCUAAGAUUUUAUGAUCCAAUGUUAACCGAUAGUGAACAAUUAGUGCAGAGCCUUCAUGGUGGAGAGAAAAGUAUUCAGCUGCAUACAUCAUCGGCAUCUGUGCUUGACACAGAUCAAAAUGGUCAAAUGAGAAACAAUAUGACAUCUGUUGAACGGACAACAUUUCCAAGUAGAAUAUUCACAAAUUACUGUCCAACUUAUAAAACAACAAAACUUAUCAGCUAUGGUAUGAAUGAUUCUUCUGCACCCAUUAACAAUUUAUCACAAAAUUCUAAUAUACUAGUCAACAAUAAAAAUAAUUUCAGUCAGUCAACAUCAAAAUAUACUGGUUCUACAACACAUGUGUCUAUUACAUUUCCAAGCAACAGUUUGAAUCCAGUUAUUCCAAGAAGAGAUUCACAAACAAAUCUAAUGACAAGUGGAUAUCUGUAUGGUAAUUUUGAGGAUAUGAGUUGAUUGAAACAGUUAAUAAGUUGAAUAAACACACCAUAUCUUGAUGUAACAAUUCAAUCAGAAAGUAGAAAUAGCUUCUUUUCAGUGAAAUCAGUUAAUUUUUUCAUACUUACAUAUUGACAGUAUCCUGACUGUGAUGGAACAUAUCGAAUUCAUGAAUAAAUUUGUCUUAGAUUCUAUUAUUCAAGUAACUUGGUCCGAUAAAAUUCAAGAUUCUCUUAUAUAAUGAAUCAAUAACAGUCAGAACAAAAAUAUGGUUAACAGUCCACUUUCAAUACAUACCUGUUGAUUUACAUUCAUCCGCCAGGUAUACGAAAUAUCUGACUUUCUUGUAUACCAUUGUGAUUGAUAAACACUCUUCGUACACUGACAUGUUGAUUUAAAAGAGACUGUUCAGCAAAAUAUCUCUUUUACUUUUUCUUACACAGCUUUUUCUCUCAAUGAUUUUCUGUAAAUUAUGACCUUUUUUGUUUAGCUUUCAAUUCAUAUUUGUUAGAUAGAAUAAAGCGAAAAUCUG